GCCAUAAGAUAGUUUGGCGAAAGUGCAUUGAGUAGUCGUUUCAUUAUGCACAGUCAAUCCGUAAAAUAUUGUUAUAAUAAGUGUUGUCGGUAUAAUUCAGUUAAAAACAGUGAAAGAACCUUUAACCAUAUGCCGACAUUGCAUAUUGUGGCCCUUUAAGGCGCAAAUAGGGAGGAGCUGGUAUGAAGACCAAGUGUGUCGACGUUUGAUGCACAGGAAGCAAACCACUGGUUUACAACCUAUAGAAGUUUUAAUAUGAGUUUGUAUACCAUGGUUUGAAACCUCUCUGCUUAUAAACUAUGUGUAUAGUUUUAUCUAGUUAAAUUCAAAUUAAUAAUGCUGGAUGGUUGCAUUGAUGAGGUUCACCAGGGAUAUAUGCCGGUUACUGGGGCUAGGGAGUGGCUCCAGUGAACAAAGGCCAGAGGAGAUGGAGACUGGUACCCCUUCUGACCACAGUGAGGACACUCUCUCACAGCAUGGGGGAAUCUUGGCAGCAGUGUGCGUUUGUGGUUCAGGAUGUGCUGAAUGGAGAGGAAGGCCUCAGUGAAGUAGAGAAAUCCCGUAGGAGAGCUGAGAGACGAAGAGCUAAAAGGAAGCGUCAACGAGAGCGGAAGAAACUUGAGCAGGUUAAAAAAGAUGAACACACUGUGCAGGAGGAGGAAGAGCGUGGUGGGCUCGACUCUGAGUUGGAGGACACAGAGUCUGAGGCAGAGGAGGUGCUGGAGCAGGAGCAACAGGUGGAGGUGAAGGAGAAGGUGGUGAAGAAAGCAGAAACUCCUCUGAGUAAGGGCAGUGCCACAGUGUCACUGGCCUCGGAGUACAAAGGUGUACAGAAGUGUUCAGCACGCCCCCCUGAGGAGGAGCCAGAAUGGGAUGUAAACAGUGCCUUUGUUGCCAAUGCUUUUAAUCACAUCAGGCCUAAAGCAAAGAGUAAAGAAGGUCGUAAAUCCAAAGAGAACAAAGAAAAUGAGGCCAGAAGCAGGGAGGUCAGUGGAUCUGACUCUGCAUCUAAAAGUGCCUUGUUAACAGAAAAAGGGAUCAAACUGGUGCAGGAGGGCCAGUACACUCAGGCUGUUCUUAUGUUUACAGAAGCUAUCAGAUACGACCCAAAGGACUACAGGUUUUUUGGGAAUCGCUCAUACUGUUACUACUGUCUGGAGCAGUAUCCUCAAGCACUCGCUGAUGCUGAAAAGUCUAUUCAGAUGGCCUCAGAGUGGCCUAAAGGCUACUACCGCAAAGGAAGUGCCCUCAUGGGCCUUAUGAGGUACAGUGAGGCUGAGAAGGCUAUGGAGCAGGUGCUGAAGCUGGAUAAGGACUGUGAUGAGGCAGUUAAAGAGCUGUUCUACUGCAAAGUGCUACAGCUCAUGGAUCUGGGAUAUGAAGAGGAGCAAAGUGAGCUGCUGCUGGAGAAGUACAGCACAGUUCAGGCUGUUCUUGAAGCUAGAGCAGCAAACAAUGACUCUGCCCUGCUUCAGCCUGGAAGUCCUUGCCCUUCUCUCUGGGUGGGAAAUGUAACCAGAGAAGUGACGGAGAAGCACCUGCGGGACAUUUUCAAAAAUUAUGGAGAAAUUGACAGCAUCCGUGUGCUCCACGAGCGUUUCUGUGCCUUUGUGAACUUCAGGAAUGCCAACAUGGCAUUGCGGGCAAUGGAACAACUGAAUGGCUAUGAGAUGGAGAACACGCGGCUAGUCGUACGUUAUCCAGACAGACGCACCCAGAGACCCUUGCCUGUUCCCAAUGCACCACAAUCUACGGGGGCUGCUGGGGCUAGGCGCAGAGGUCCUGUCAAUGGAGAUGAGUGCUAUUUCUGGAGGACUACUGGCUGUCACUUUGGGGACAAGUGUCACUAUAAACACAUUCCUGAACAGCGGGGCAAAGACAGGAAACUCUGGCAGCCCUGAAGCAUUGCACUCUCUUUUCUCUCCAUAUUUCCUUUUCCUGUUCUUUAAACCGGAACAGGACAUGUCCUGUCUUAUGAUGCUCUGGGUUCACCUCAGCAAUGACCUCAGUGCCUUGGGCCUUCCGUUCAACUUUUUGACAUCACCUCCAGUGUCCCAUUGUUUGAGCAGGGGAGGGAUGGGGGAGCAGAGGACAGGAUUCCUGGGAACAGUGUGCUGCCGCUGUGAUGAUGAGCUUUGGGUGGGGCAGCAUGUCAGGCCGCUGGGCUGCGCCACACUCAGCCUGCUGGUCUUUGUGGCCAGCCCUGGCCUGUCACAUCAUCUUUGCGCUUCCCUUCUCUUCUCCAAGCCAACGAGGAGCCACAGGUCAGCACAAGCUGUGGGACUUCACCCACUGCCUUUUAUACUGCUGAGAGGUAUUCGAGGCCUCGGUCCCAUGUUCUGUAAAACCUCAAGAGGAAUCAUGCAGAAAAGGAGAAAACAAUGAAACAGCUAAGAGUACCCACUAAAAGGCAUAA